AUGUUUGUGAGGCGAUCAAAGAGUCACAGGGAAAAAUUUAAGGAGUGCAUUGAAAAGGUUGGUGGUGUUGAUAGUUCUGUUCGUUUGCAUCUAGACAUGUCUAUGAGAGUGAACUCAACUUAUUUGAUGCUUCAAAGUGCUCUUAAAUAUCAGCUUGCAUUUGAAAGUCUUCACUUGUAUGACGAUGGUUAUGAUUCAUGUCCUGCGGCAGAAGAGUGGAAAAGAGUAGAAAAGAUUUGUGCAUUCUUGUUGCCUUUUAGCGAAACUGCCAACACGAUAAAUGGUGCAACACAUCGUACUUCCAACUUGUAUUUUUUGCAAGUUUGGAAAGUCCAAUGUGUUCUAGUUGAUAAUUUGGGAGAUGAAGAUGAAGAUAUAAAGAGAAUGGUUGAAAGGAUGUUGACCAAGUUUGAGAAAUAUUGGGAAGAGUAUAGUGUUGUUCUUGCAUUGGGAGCGGUUCUUGACCCAAGGAUAAAGCUUUCCACAUUGGCUUAUUGUUACUCAAAACUUAAUGCAUCAACCUGCGAAAGGAAGUUGCAGCAAGUAAAGAGCAAGUUGUACAUGCUAUUUCACAAGAAUUCUUGCAAAAGUACUUCUUCUGGCGUGCAAAGAACAAUUCAGGACCAAUCUUCUAGUGUGCCAUUGCAAAAGAAGUUAAAGUCUUUAUCUCAGGGCCUAUUUGAUGAAUUGAAAGUGCACCAACGGCAGCUUGUUACUGAAACUGAAAAAUCUCAACUUGAUGUUUACUUAGAUGAGUCAAAUUUGGAUUUUCAUUGUUAUGAAGAUAUGGAUGUAUUACAGUGGUGGAAGAGAAAUAAUAAUCGAUUUCCGGAUCUAUCAAUUCUGGCCUGCGACUUGUUAAGUUUUCCCAUUACCACUGUCGCAUCUGAUUUUGAGUUUUGCAUGGGCUCACGUGUGUUUAACAAAUAUAAAGAUCGUAUGUUGCCAAAUAAUGUGGAAACUAGAAUAUGUACUCGCACUUGGUUGCACAAUUUUGUUGGCAAUGAUGGAGUAGACGAUGGCGAUGAUGAUGACGGCGACUUUGAAGAAACAAUGAAGAAAGUUGAUGGUGAUGUACAAACGGAGCAAGCAUCUACUGAUUUUGAUUUUGAAGAUGACAAUUGA